GGGUGCACAUAUACGUGCCCGUCAUGUAAUCGCAUGCAAGUGUUGUUGCAUAGAAAAUCGGCCAGAAGAGGAAGAUCUGCUGCGUAUGCAGGAUGUCCUGCCUGACCAGUAUCUCCACAAGGUCUGCUCCUUUCAGGAGGAUACGGUGCCAGGUGGUUGGUCAGCUGAACUCCGACUGGCCGAAUCUACUGAGAGAGGGGCUCAACUGUGGCUGGCCAGAUACCAGGACAAGUCCAUGACCGUCAUGCGUGUGCAUAGAACCUUUGGCUACGAUGUGACAACACCACGUAUAAAUCUUUUCAAGAAAUCCUACCGAUGCCACCAUAAUACGAGAAGCAGGGUAAAGAAGCUGAGCUUGAAAGGCACAGACUGUGUCAGCUGCAUGACAAUUACUGUGAAGAGAGUCGGAAAACUAACCAGAAAAAGCAGGUCAACAGACCCCCAUCUGCCAGACUACCCCAUGAGAGUGUGUCUGCGCUACAGCCACAACCACCCCAUCAGGGCCAGCUCUGCCCUCCGGUUCAGAGACGUCAGGCCGAGUGUGGAGGAGAAGUUCCGAGGCUUGUUCCGGCUGGGAUAUGGCCCCGUCGCAGCCCUGGGCCUCCACAAGAUGGAUCUCCAGCUGGAGCAUGGCUCCAACUUCAUGCACAUUUGUGGUGAUCGAGCCCAGGUACCGGAUGAACAGUGGUGUCGUAGGCUGCAUCGGAAGCUGUUAGUGGCAAAUAAUGAAAAGGAUGGACAAGAUGUCUUGGGAGAUUUGCAGACAAGGAUGACAACAGAAAACGCCAGUGGCGACAUGGUGAUGGAUGUAUGCACAACUGUAGACGGUCAGGUUGUUGUGGCAAUCUGCUCAAAGUUGAUGAAACGGGUCCUCAGUAAUGUGCCACAGAGUCACGAAUUGAUCACCGUUGAUCAUUGUGGUGCUGCAAACUGCGACAGUCUGGGGGCAUACCUCCUUUUGACGCACUCUUGCAUUGGUGGAUUGCCUGUCGGUUGUAUAAUCACAACGUCUGAGACAACCCCUACGGUCACAGCAGCACUCCAGCUGUACAAGUCCUUAGUGCCAACCACUGCUUUCCGUGGUGGGGCUGGGCCAAAGGUUUUCAUGACUGAUGAGUGCCCCGCUCUCCAGAGUGCCCUCAGAGAAAUUUUUCCCGAGUCCAGCCAGCUUCUGAGUGUCUUCCACAUCUUGCAGGCUGCUUGGCGGUGGUUAUGGAACAGUAAGAAGAAGAUUGAGAAACAAGACAGGCCAGAGUUGUUCGGCAUCCUAAAAUCCUUACUAUAUUGCCAAUCUUUGGGGGAGAUGGAUGUCCUGUACCAGAGAGCAGCACAAAAUGCUGUAGUGAUGAAGUACAAGCAGUUUUCUCAAUAUCUCUUAGGAUGGUACAGUAGGUCCAAGUCUUGGGCAGUGUGCUGCAGACAAGAUCUGCAGCUUCAAGGUAGCUUCACAAGUGAUUAUGGUGAGAGAGCAACAAGGGUGCUCAAGGAGCAGAUCUUGAACCGACUGAAGGUACAAAAUGUUGUCCAGCUAGUCGACUUCGUCUUGGACAGAAUGGAGAAGUACCACACACAAGGGAUCCUAGAUGUGGUCAGUGGCUGCUUCGACAGUGUCAAAUAUUCCAGAUACCUGCCACAGGAAGCGGAGGGAGAGCUGAUCAUCAGGCAAACUUCAGAGUGUGCUUUCACAGUCGCAAGUCUCGCAAAGCCUGACGCCGAGUACACUGUCAACACCUUACUUGGUCACUGCACCUGCCCAACGCCAGCUGCCGGGGGAGCCCUGUGCAAGCACCAGAACGCAGUUGCGCUGAAGUAUAACCUUCAGUGUUGUAGCUUCAUCCCGAUCAGCAACACCAGGGACAAAGCCAGGUUCUACUAUGUAGCCACUGGCAACAGCAGCUUACCCGAGUGGCUGCAGCCUCUCGUCCAUCAGACUGAUGUCACUGUUUGUGUGUCAACCAAUUCUCCAGUUCCAAACACUGAACAAGAAGGUUGCCAUAACCAAGCUCCUCCACCUGAGUCCUGCCCUGAACCGUCGGAUGUAGACGCAACUAAGAAUGAUGUACAUGUACCCAUACCUCCGGAGGUUCACAUUGCUGAAGUCCAGACCCUUGUUGAGUGUCUCCAAGAGGACUUUGUCUCGGUUUUGCGGAAUAAGAUGACGAGGCACCCAGAUGUGUACAUCCCAGCAGUGAAGAGGUUCCUCAGCAGUGUCAAGAAGCUGAAGACAGAUUCCCAGGUCCUGUCUGGUCUCCUCUUCUACGGAGGCGGCACUGGGCUCGGAAGCAGAAUUUGGCUGUCAGGGCGUAAACGGAUUGAUGACAACCCGUCAAAUCAUGUCACCCCUCAGAAGAAAACAAGAUUGGGGGAAAACAGUUGCCCUUAGAGAGGAGCUCCUGCUGGAGAACUGAGGGGACCUGAACAAGACCAUUUCAUGUAGUUCAGUAACAGCGGUCUGUUUUUGCUCAUCUGACGUCAGUCAUCCUCCCUGAAAAUACACAGCAAUUGUAAUCCAUACGUCAUUUACAAAUUGUUUUCAUUUUGAAAUAUCACAAAAUUCAUCAGGGAUAAAAUAACGGAGGAUCUUCAAGUCUUUCAAAAUGCACUCUCAGGAAGUAUUUCAAAGUACUCAGGGUGGCAAAAGCCAGUAGUUCCUUUUCACCAACGGAUGUGAUGUCAACUGUUUUGUACUGAAGAAUUACUUGAAAACUAAGUUUCGUAUUGUAACGAGUAACGGGUAAAUCAGGCCUAUCUUGAAGCCAAACGUAAAUGUAGUGCAAGGUUCAGCCAUUUACAUUAUUCAAUCGGUAAUACAUAUUCUGUGUGCUACUACCAAAGGAGCCUCUGUUGCUAGAGAUCUCUUGGUCGAGGUCGGAGCCCAUAGAGACAGAUGACUUGUGAUAAGUCUUUUGAUGGACUUGAAUGGAUCUAUGACAGACUUGAUCACAGCCCUAGUCAAAAAUACUAGAUUUUGCGUCGGGGAUGUUAAUCUUAAUCAAGGUUUCCCUUUAUGUUGACGCAUUCUCGGUGUAAUCGGAGAGUUGUGAACAAAUCACCAGCUUGCUCGGGUGGGAUUCAAACCCAUGAAUUUCAGCUUAUUGAUGCAGGUGUCUCAACCACUUGACAAACAAGCUAGCUUGGAUUGAGUGGUUGGAGCUGGUUCCGCAAACAGUCAGAGAUGUUAAUGUAGCUUUUUUCGUCGGUAUGUUAAACUUCAUACCAGCUCCUCUCCUUAAUUACGCCGGCAUAUAUAAAGGUAUCUUCUGAGAGUUGCGAAAAAAGAAAGCUUAUGAUUUUUUUUCUCGCGGCUGUCGGACCACAUUGAGACUACGACGUGGAUAUACAAUACGUCCGUCUAAGGGCAAAACCUGAUAUAAAAUCCCUAGUCUUGCAUGUGUCUCUGCUUGUUACAAAGAGGAUGUAGGUGAAUACUUAUACACAGUGUCUUGUUCAAAAGACUGGAAAAUUAUUCUGGUGCUGUUGCUGACACAUUUUAUUGUCAGUUUUUGGCACCAGGGUUACUUUCAACUUGACAACAGCAAAUCCUGAGGAUGUUAAAGAAAGUAUGCAUGUCCUUUCACUUUGUUAUCCUAGCCUGUCGUAGCCAGUGUGCAGAAAUUUGAACAGACUACAUGUAUUAUGGAACAUCCUGCUUCAAAACUGUUAGUGCUGUUUGUUCCUGGUAUGAGUUAAAAGAAAUGAAAUCAGCAGUGAUCUUGCGGGCCGUAGCAGACACAAAAAAUCAUGACAUGGAAGAUGUGGUGCACAUUUGUACAUUAUACUGAACGCCCUUUGAUUGACGCUUUACGAUCACCAAACGUGCAGAUUUCUUUUUAACCCACAUCGCAUUUCGCUGCACUGGCAUUUGUAGGAUUGUGGAAACAUUUCAACUGACUUAUGUUUCCCCAGGCUUGUCAACUAUUAUACUUUUCUGAAGUGAAAACAUUUUGAUUCCCUGCGAAUUAGAAACUAUUAGAAAGAUAGAUCAAUAGUAUAUACACUUCCUAACUGAACAAAAUACCAUAAUUAGAUUUUUUGAUGGCCUUGUGUGCUUUGUGGAAAAGAACAGAGAUGGAGCCGAAUGGGGCAAUUUGGAAGCACAAAGUGGGCAAUAAUACAGAAUAAUGAUUUCUCAAUUCCACACGGGCCGUACUGAAAAGAAUAAUAUGGAUGUGCACAGUCGGAAAUAUUUUAGAAUUGUACAGUAAUCGUCAUUCCAUGUGUUCUCUGCCCGGGCUUUUGGUUGCAGAUAUCAUGAUGAUUAAUAAAAAAUCAGUGAUUUACUGA